AUGCAGGAGGUGAAAACGAGGCUCCGGGAGCAGGAGAACAAUGAGAACAGGAGCACACUGCAUUUGGAGCAGGAAGGAAAGGAGCUGCAGGAGAAGCUUGACGAACCGGAGACGGUAACCUCCACCCCACCCAGGAGGGCUGGGAGGCAGGUGCCAUUUCUGAACACUGCUGGAGCCGGUGCCCAGGAGGAGCAGGCACAGCUCUGUGAGCAGCUCCAGAAACAACAGGUGUGCUGCCAGCACCAGGCUCACCUGGUGGCCUCGGCCCUGAGGGAGCCAGAGGCAGCGGCCAUGGCCACAGGGACUGGGAGCGAGUGUGGGUGUGGGGAGACCCAGCGGGCCCUGCAGGAAGCCAUCGACAAGCUGCAGAGAGACUUCAUUGACAUUGUGAAGGAGAAUGCUGACCUCAAGGAGCGGGUGGAAAAACUAGAACUCGGACUCAUCCAGCUCUCUGGAGAGAGAGACAUGAUAAGAAAGUCCAUCAAACCAAAUGACCGUCAGAGGGCAGUGGCCAAGACCCAGCACCAGAAGAAGAACGUUGUUAGCAUGCUGUCCGAGGCCAAGGAGGGGAUGAAGGUGAAGCUGCCGGAGCUGCAGGGGCCAGUGAUGCAGCUUAUGAUCGACCACGAGGUCCAGCACCCUGCUAAUGAGUCCACUCCAGGGGCCCCAGACACCCAGGAGCUUGGUGCUGCUGACAAGGAUGAAUUUUAUGAGAUGAGCCUGGAUGAUGACAGUGACAGCCUAGAGCCUGCAGGAGGGAGAGUACACCACAACCCCACUGCACAGCAGAUGGCGCAUGGCUUUGUGAGCUGCGGGAUAGCCAGCAACACCGACCCUUGGGCAGCAGUCCCUCCAUGCCAUGCUUUUACCGGGCUGCGGCGAAGGAGGAAGUAA